GAAAGAACUGGAAAUGAAAUAAAAGCCGAUGCUUUUGAAAGCGAACCGAAGACCCACGCACGCGCUCGCAAGCACAGAAAGGAGAAGCUUUUUCCUGCAAAAUCCAAUCCAGCGUGGAAAUGGAGCCUGUCGUUCAGAUUUAAAGCGCAUUUUGCAUAGACAGAAAGCAGCAUUGAGAAAGAGUUUAGAUUUGACUGUGGUGUUCUUUGUUUAGUUCGAGUGCGAAGACAUGGGUGAGUCUGCCACGUGCCUUGUGAGGUCGUUCUCUCACCCUUCUCAUGGUUCUAGUGAAGCCAAAGAGUGUGACCCAAUUCGUGCUCUAGGAGAAUCGAUCUCGUUUGGGAGGUUUAUGUCCGAAUCCUUGGCCUGGGAGAAACGUUCAACCUUCUCUCACAAUCCUUACUUGGAAGAAGUGGAGAAGUUUUCUAAGCCAGGUUCUGUUGCUCAGAAAAAAGCUUAUUUUGAAGCUCAUUACAAGAAAAAGGCUGCAGAGAGAGCGGCAGCAUUGAUUGAGGAAGCUAAUACAACCGCUCGUAAUGUCUCUGAGUCACAAGGUAUGGACAAACUCCAUGAGGAUUCGUUCAUGGAUUCGGCAUCGGUGAAAGCAGACAGCCUCAAGGCUAUCGAUGAACCGCAUGGGGAUGAUACCCCUAAUACAGCAGUAGGUUAUUCUGCCUCUGCGAAUGGGGAUAAUCCUUAUGUUGGAGUAUUGGAAACUAAGAAGGUGGAAGCAGCUGAUGCUGUAAUCCAAGAAGGCAUUAAUCUGGUUGAAAUUUCAGACCAAACUGAAAAAGUUGAAGACUACCAGAAGAUUGUGGCCUCGCAAAAAGAGAAGAAACUCGAUAAGGAUGCUGUCUGCAAGGAGAUUCUCCCUUCACCAAGCAAGAAAAGACAAGGGAAUUUUUCUCAGAAGUUGUCAACCAAAAGUAGAGCAUCCAAGCUCCCAGUCUCUCCUUCGGAACAAAUGAUUUCUAUGCAAUCCAUAAAUGGAAAUUAUACAUCUGAGAAUAGCAAGAAGGUGGCAGGAGACCUAGUUGACAAAAAGAGAUUAAGUUUAAAAUCACUUCACAUGUCAAUCAAUUUUGCUUCACGUACCUGCAAAACCAGUAAAACUACAACUCCAGUUUCUCAAAAGGUGCAAAGCAAGAGAACUAAUGCAACUUUGUUCAAUACAUUUGGACAUGAUAGUUCAAUUUCCAUACGAACUAUGACUAGCGCAUCUGUUAAUAAGUUAAUGAAGGAACGUUCAGUAAAGCCCCAGUCAGAAGAUCGAAGCACUAGAACACUACUCAGCAAUUCAGUUUCUGCAGGAAUAACAGAGGAUCAGAAAGGGCAGUCCCUCUCUAUUGACCGCUCAAAUUCUUCAAGUGUCAGUAGAAGCAAAGCACGAUCUCCUACUAUAUCUUUUCCCUUCACUUUCAGGAGUCAAGAAAGAGCAGCAAAGCGUAAAGAGUUCUUUCAAAAGCUAGAAGAACAAAUAAACACCAAGGAGGCCGAAAAAUGGAAGCAACAGACAAUGCCUAAGGAAAAGGCACAUUUUGACAUUAAAAAAUUGCGACAGACAACUGAAUUCAAAGCCAAACUGCAUGAAGAUUCAAAUCUUGGAUCACAAUCUCCAAGUAGUCCCCUGAAGAAGAGUCCAAGAACAAAGCCUCAAUCACUGAAACUUGGAAGAAACCCAGUUCAGAGCAAAGUUCAGGACUCAAGCUCUCGACCUCCUCUUAAGCCUUCAGGCAGAAAUGUACGCUCUAACCAAGUGACGGAAAAAGUUGAUCAAAGCACAAGUCGUUCUAUCAUUUUACUAACAAAGAAGGCGGCGCGUGAGAAUGCUUCUCCCAAUAUUCAGCAUUAAGUGUCUAAGAAGAUAGUAGAUUGCUUCAUCUUAUCGCGAGGUGUCGACUACAGUAUUGGAAUUCCGAUUGAUCCAGCAGGUGAAAGUUGGAGCCAUUCUUGUAAUUAUUAAUAAUAUAAAGAUAGUAUUGUGAUGGCAAUGGGAUUGCCCUGAGGAAAAAUAAUAAUAAGAUUCAUUUUUA